AUGGCGAAGGGCGGCGCUGCCACGGUCCUCGCCGUCCUGGCCGCGGCCACGCUGCUCCGACUGGAGCACCUAGCCAAGAACGACGGGGUCGGGGAGAAGCUCGACAUCGACUUCGUGGUAUCCACCGGGGUCAAUUUCUACGACAUGGACAUCUACAGGGCGAACAGCUUACAGAAGCCGUGGUACCUAGCAUACUGUGUCAUCGCAAUCGAGUCAGCUGGGCGGCAGAUUCCUAUGGUCUUCCUGGGGAUGAUCAAGGAGGACUUUAACAAGAGAUAUGCAGGGGGCAAAGCAGCAACAGCUACAGCCAACAGUCUCACCCGAGAUUUCGGGUUGAGGCUUAGAGACCAGAUGCAGUACUGUACUGAUCACCCAGAGGAGGUGAGUAAGCUGUCCAAAGUGAAGGCUCAGGUCGAACAAGUGAAAAGCAUCAUGAUGGAAAACAUCGACAAAGCCCGCUCCGCAAUUGUCUGGACCAUCUCAUGCUUGCUAGAUGCAGAGAAGAUUUUGGUAGAAAGUUGCUUCGCACAGACCUUGCUGAACAUUUGCCAUGGCGAUCACUGCCAGUCUGCCACCAAGACACUUAUUUAG